UCGAUUUCGGGAAUCGAUCGUAUGAGAAUCGAAAGCGGUGACAGCGGUGUAUCGACGAUGCCGCCCCCGCCAUCUUGCGCGAUUCGCCGCCAACUUCACGACGUCAGAAGUGUUUCUUUUUUUAUAACAAUGCGUGGAGGUGGAGAGCCGUGCGGCGCUGUCGCUCGCGGUCUUUCCUCUAUCCACGCGGCGACCAUCUGUCAAUAGUGUCGGAGCCGUCGACAAGUGGUCCGCCUCGAGGUUUGCCGCGCGCGAAACGCGAAUCACUCCCGUGUCGUGCACGCGACAAGUACGUACGCAAAUUCCAUUACGUGAGUCUGUCCCUCGACCGCCGUCAACAUGGAUCGGGCCUUUUUGAACGUGAUGAUCCUCAGCUGGGGAUUUAUGCUGGUCUUCACGGCGUUUCAAACGAUGAGCAACAUAGAGAAAACUGUCCUGAACAGCAUCAAAGCAGAUACCAACGGUGAAUUCAAAGGUGAAGCUUAUACCAGCCUGGCUAUAAUCUACGCCGUGUUCGCGAUCUGUAACUGGUUGGCGCCCUCUUACAUUUCGCUGACCGGACCGCGGGUGGCGAUACUCACGGGUGCUUGCGGUUACGUGCUAUUUAUUGCCUCCUUCCUUUAUCCGCAUGAAGCCCUGUUGUACGUCAUGUCCGCCGUCGUCGGAAUGGGCGCCGCUCUGAUAUGGACCGGUCACGGACAAUACCUGACAGAAAACAGCAACAAUGAGACCAUGUCGCGGAACGCCGGUAUGUUCUGGGCAAUUUUCCAGCUGUCGCAGUUCGCCGGCAACCUGUUUGUCUUCUUCAUCUUCAACAAGCCCACAAUUGACAAGGAUCAGCGAUUAAUCGUGUUUAGUGUGCUAACCGGCGUCGCAGUGAUCGGUACCAUGGCAUUACUGGCACUCAGAAAAACGCCGCAGAGGUUGUUACUAGGUGAGGCCGAGGGAGUAUCUAACGCCGACAAGGAGCUACGCCUGCCGGAGCCGAGACGCGAGGAACCGCUGCUGGCCGCGUGGCGAGCCUUCCUAGACGCGAUCAAACUCUUCCUCACAUCGAACAUGUUGCUACUGUCACUGACGUUCAUCUACACCGGUCUCGAGCUUACCUUCUAUUCUGGGGUGUAUUCCAGCAGUAUUGGUUUCAUGAUGGUUUUCGGUGACCAACGCAAGAGUCUAGUAGGACUAUCCGGUAUCUUCGUCGGGGUUGGCGAGGUCGUGGGUGGUGCGAUCUUCGGCAUCCUCGCAUCAAAGAUAUCCGGCAAGUGCGGCGGCUGGCCGGUGGUGAUCACCGGUCUAGUCGUCCAUCUGUUCGCCUUUAUCAGCAUCUUCCUGAAUAUGCCGAACGACGCGCCGUUCGCGGACACGACCAACGUGGGCUUCAUCAACGCCUCGCCGAUCCUCGCAUUAGCAGGCAGUCUCGCCCUCGGUUUCGGCGACGCCUGUUACAAUACGCAGGUUUACUCGCUUCUGGGCGUUCUGUUCGCCAACGAGAGCGCGCCGGCUUUCGCUCUCUUCAAAUUCUGCCAAUCUGUCGCAGCGGCCAUCAGCUUCUCGUACAGCACCAAGGCGGGACUGCAUGUACAGCUCGCAAUAUUGCUUGUGGCUAUAAUCUUCGGUACGGGAGCCUUUUGCUACGUCGAAUACAAGGCCAAAAAGUCGAAGGACGAGACUCCGCGGGACAUUGAUCCAGCGUUGGUCGAUGCUACAAGCGGUGAAGAUUAAUAAGGCAGUAGUUAAAUGCAUUCUCAUUAGAUUGCAAAGACACGCGGCGAGUUCAGACGCGAAUUACGUGCGCGAAAGAUCUUCGGGGGCAACACCGUGGACACGGAAGUGUAAAAAAGUAAAAAAUGACCAACUCACUCGAUAGCUCGAAUAAACAUUAACACAAAUUAUUUUAGCAUGUUAAUGAUAAGCUAUUUUUACAAAUUUAAGUAUUACAUGAUGUAUGAAUCCUUCUCUAAUUAGAGACUCUUUACAAUAUAUUUUAAGUACGGCGUAAUUGAAUUGACUUUCGUAAUGAUUCUAUUUUUUGAAAUUUAUACUAUUGUAAAAAGUCUCUAUUGCACACUCAAGUCCAAUGAGAAUAUCAUCGUACGAUCGAUUAGACAAGGUGGAUAUUCAGGAAUGUAUUUUCGAUUGAAUGUGUUAUCAUGGUCUUCCAGUUUCUAUAUAUAUUUUUCAAUUUCUACUCUAUUUCGGAUAAUUAUGCUCUAGACAUUUUCUCCUUCAAAACGAUAUAUUUAUACAGGAUGUUUCGAAAAGACAGGAUGUUUCAAACCAACGCUUAAGAAUAUAUAAUUGAAAUCAUUUGAAACAAAAAUCUUAAUGCCAAAAUGUCGAAGCUAUAAUAGUUUUUAAAUGAAGGGUGUAAAAAGUUGGCAAAUCCAAAAACUGUCCAAAAUUUGCGCCUUCAGCUUUACUGUGCAAUGUAUCAUAUCUGAAUGCGCACAUUUUGAACAGUUUGAUUUGUCAAAUUUAAAUCUAUUUUAUUUAAAAAUUAUUGUAAACUUGACUAUUUUGAUAUUAAAUUUAAAAAUAAUGAUUUCAGGAAUCCUUAAGCAUUACGACGAUCUUUAUAUCCUGUAUAUAUAAAUAUGCCAAAUAUGUAUAUGCAUCUGCUUAUCGGCGUUAUUACACUGAAAUGUUACACUGACAGAGAGUUGAGAGAUGCUUAAAGACAUUGAUCUAAUCGGUUACCCGGUGUAUUGUUAUCAGAACGCGAUUUAUAUCUCAGCGAGUUAAAUAAUAUAAUUUUAUUUUUUUUAUCCACAAACUCGAAGGCUGUGCCCUUGCAUUCAGCACUGCUUUUUAUAAGUUUUAAUUAUUUUAUUAUGAGAUCAUAUUUGUUAUUUUUUUAACCAGCGAUUGUUCACACUGGUUAUGCAAUGCACUGCGAUUUUGUGACUAACUAGUCUAUAACACGAGUCCGCCGCAAAAAAGACUCGCGUUGAACUAGUCCGUAACGCAGUAUAUCGACUUUACGUCUGAUUUAUCGUAUAUGUAUGCGCAUGUAUGUAUGUGUGAGUACGUUUGAGGGGCACAACGGUGGUACGUGACAUUUACAGCUCGAAACUCGAUUGAAUUGUCCGAGAUCAGACUUAAGGAUCUUGUUCCUUCGUCGAUCGACGCUUGCUUCGAACGUCGCAGCGAACAUGUAGAGUAAUUCUGUGGCACGCAUAGGAUGCAUUAAAAGUCGGGCACUUUCCUCGCAAUUUUAAACAGGAUUUCUAAUUUCUAACUAGGAAAAUCUAGAACAAGAAUAAAAACAGUAAAAAACAAAUUAAUAUAAAAUAAAAAAUCUGGAAUUCUAUUUGAAAAUCAAGUUAAAGCUAAAAUAACAAGUUUACUUUUUCUUUUUUGUUAAAAUAUUGUCCGACUUUUAAGACAUUCUCUAUGCCUAAUAUUCAUGCAUUCUAUUUUAUUUGAUCAGAAAUGUUAGAUGUAUAUUACGAUAAUGGAUAAAAUGCGAGUAAAAAUGUGUAUAUAUAAUCGAUGAUGAUCAACUAUUUCCUUGACAAUCAAAAUUUCAUUGAAUUACUUUGUAUUAAUGAAUAUGUAUACGAGAUAUCGUAAUACUUUUAAAGAACGCAUUUGCUGCCUUCAUAAUUUUAAUGAGAAAGGGGAUUAAUAUAAUUUCCCGCACGCAUAUAUUACUAUUCAUUACAUUCCGUUAUGCAUGCGUGUGUAUUUGUUAUAGAAUUUUUUUCUGCUUAUAAGAAUUGCUCCUUGGAUACGUACCUGAUAGAGAAAGAUUACAAUCUAUUUUACAAGCACACACAAUCCCGAUCAUGGAUGAUUAAACGAGAAUGAUCAUUAUUGUUUUUAUCAUCGAAUAGUCUAUGAACAAAAUUUUAUGUAUAUAAUGUGUAUGUUUAUAUAAAGUUAUCAUAAUAAAUAGACAAUAUAAUGUACAUAUGAGAUUGAAUAAUGUUAUAUAUGACGAUAACGUGUGAUUGUUGUUAGUUAAAUAUAUUUAUAAUGUAAAAA